CGUGUCAGACUGUUGUCUUACUUUCGAGUCGUUCUUCAAAUCAGUUAACUUGUAUACAGACGCGUCUCCCUUGGCGAUUUGUAUUCACAUUAUUCGCAAUUCAAUUCAAGACAAUAAACAUGUUGGCCAAGUGCUUGACGCUUUUGUUCCUCAGUCUCGUUUGUCGUGCUUGGGGAGAAGCUUUGCCGGCAACUGAGAAUGCCAAAACAAAUGAUUUGGCCACCGCAGAAACCUCAGCGAAAUUGUUAAACUUAGGCAGUUUAUUUGGCCAAGGAUCAGGAUAUCCAAACUAUGGCAAUAAUUAUCCCAGCUAUGGAUAUAAUAACAACAAUGGUUACUACAAUAGACCCAACACGGGAUAUUAUCCAAAUACAGGAUAUUAUUAUCCCAGCAACAAUUAUUAUCCCAGCACUGGAGGCAGUUAUUAUCCGAGCACAGGAGGUGGUUAUUAUCCGAGCACAGGAGGUGGUUAUUAUCCGAGCACAGGAAGUGGUUAUUAUCCGAGCACAGGAAAUGGCUAUUAUCCGACAACAAAUAUUCUUGGAACGUCGGGACAUGGCGGCUAUGGCGGUUAUGGAGGCUUGUUGCGCCACACAUAUGGCUAAUGCGCGAGUGAGACAGCAAUAGAACAGAGAGCAGAUGCCGCCAAGAACUUUAGCAACUUUUAUGCUGAGCAAAUUAUAAAAAUUUAAAAAUAUCCAAUUUCAUUUAAAAA